UAGCCCAUAAGUACUAGACUAACAACCCGGCCCAAUCCACUCGAGCGUGAGUGACUCUGUAAAAGACUCGAACUAACUAGGGUUUUCUUUCGUUUCCAGAGAAGUGCUGCGGCUUGUGUUGCGUUGCAUCGUCGACAGCGAAAAUGCCUUCCCACAAGACGUUCAGGAUCAAGAAGAAGCUCGCCAAGAAGAUGAGGCAGAACAGGCCCAUCCCUUAUUGGAUCCGCAUGAGGACCGACAACACUAUCAGGUAUAAUGCUAAGCGUAGGCACUGGCGCCGCACCAAACUCGGAUUUUAAGGUGUAUGAACAUGCUAUCGCGUUCUAGGUUUUGUAGUGUAUUCCUUGAGAUGGAAACUUUGUAACUUUUUUGAGUGUUUUCCCGUCGUUUAUUUCUUAUUUCACAGUAACUUUUUAUGAUUUUUUGAUAUUAAUGUGGAACUAUGAUUGAGGUUUUAAUGUGUUGCAGUGUUUUUCUC